AUGAUUAAUCGUGACAACGAUGACUUCUUGAAUACAGAAUCGAGUCGAGGUCGUCAGUGGCGAAGAGCGCACAGCUCGAACAACAAGGUCAAUAGGCUGUCUCAACGGCGUUCUCUCAAUCCUGUGGCCGAUCAAUACCCAUCGGAUACCUGGGAACUCAAAAUGUGGGAAAUGGAGGACAUCAUGCUACGGCUGGAAGUGCUCUGA